AUGGUUGCUUACGUUUCUAAAUUAGCUGCUAAAACUGCCCCUCAUUUUGGGCAAUUAAAGUUGAGAAAUCUCAUCGACUACAUCCCAAACCUUGCUAUUUGGGGAGGCGCUUCUCUUGCCGGUGUUUUCGUUUUCACCGAGGGCUGGCCAAAGUUUCAAGACACCAUUUACAAGAAGAUCCCAAUCAUGGGUCCUCAUUGGCAGGUUGAGAUCCCCCCUGAAGACAGCCCACAAUAA